AUGACGUCAAAUCCACCGGAGUUUUGCUGCGUCAUUGGGGUGAACCAUGACAGUGAGCCUAGGGGACAGAUAAGGAAAAUUGGAAAUAUUGAGGCCUACGUCUUCUACCCAGCGAAUUGCUCGACAAAUCAACUUGCUAGAAAUGGCUCUUUUGUGGUCAUGCCUGACCUCUUCCACAGCGACCCAAUAGUGCUCAAUCGGCCUGCGGAUUACAACUUCAUGGUAUGGCUCAGAGGCCCCCCCCCCCCGGGAAACUGGCCGAAUAGAGUUGAUCCUGUGGUUCAUUCAGUUCUAACCGACACGAGAGGAGGCUUUCAGUGUCAGAGGAUCGGCCUUGUGGGUUAUUGCUUUGGGGCUUCAGAGACAGGUUAUGUUGCCCAUCCCAGUUUCGUUGAGGCAGCUGAAUUGAACGACAUUAAAGGGCCAUUGUCAAUAACAGCGGCUGAUCGUCACGAGUCCGAGGAAAUUCUUGCAAGAACUAGCCAACCAUACAAAAUUAAUAUAUUCAGUGGCGUUGAACACGGUUUCGCUGUGCGUGCUGAUAUUUACAAAUCCCAUGCUAGAUUUGCAAAGGAGUGUGCAUUUUGCCAGGCAGUCGCUUGGUUCAACCAAUACCUUUAG